ACCAUCAUUCAUUUAUCCCAUGUUUAAAUACACACACAAGAACAAGAAUAAGAUUGAAGAAGACGACUAGUGAUGGAGUGAUGGUAAGUAGACAGUCAAGAACCAUUAUCAUCCUUCUUAAUUUACUCCUUACGUUUCCGUUUCAUUCAGCUUUCACUAUUCCAUCUCCAUAUAUUCCACAUUGCCCUGCAACUCUCACAAAUCAUCCUCCUCCUCAACAACAACAAACUAAGUAUCAUGAACUCCGUACUAGUUCUUGCCGUCUUGUCCCUUUUCCUACUCCCGGUCGUGUGCCGGAGCCAUGGACCCAAAGUUUUCAGUGUCCUACGUUACGGGGCUGUUGCGGAUAACAAGACCGACAACACUAAGGCAUUUAUGAGAGCUUGGGUUGCAGCAUGCCGAUGGAGGGGGAAGAGCAGGGUUUUGAUCCCUCCAGGAUCCUACUAUUUAGCUUCUCUUAUCCUCCGCGGCCCGUGCAAUGGUCCUAAACAGUUUGUGAUCAAAGGAGUGUUGACGGCUCCUACUAAACCUGCUUUAUUUUUCAUUGAUCAUUGGAUCACAUUCCAGCAUAUCAACAAACUCAAGAUUUACGGCGGAGGUACGUUGGAUGGCCAGGGUGCCUCAGCUUGGCCCUACAACAAUUGCCGCACUGGAUCUUGCAAGCCUCUUCCUGUCUCUCUUCGGCUGGAUUUCGUGAACGAUUCAAAAAUAAGCAACAUAAAGUCGAUCAACAGCAAAAAUUUCCAUUUCAACGUCUUCUCCUGCUACCGUCUGAACUUCAGCCGGGUGACGAUAUCAGCUCCCGAGGACAGUCCCAACACCGACGGGAUUCACGUCGGCGGCUCCGGCGAUGUCGCCAUUGACACGGCGGAUAUAGCAACCGGAGACGACUGCAUAUCCAUCGGGCCGGGUAAUAAAGGGAUCCGUAUCUCGAAUGUGGUUUGCGGGCCAGGCCACGGGAUCAGCGUCGGGAGCUUGGGGAAAUCCGACAGGGAGGAAGGGGUUAGCGGCGUCAGCGUGGUGAACUGCACGUUCAGGGGGACGCUUAACGGUGUUCAGAUCAAGACGUGGCCCGACCCGGAAGCGGCCGGCGGGUUUGCUUCGGACUUCAUGUAUGAUAAUAUUGUGAUGGAGGAUGUGGACAAUCCCAUCUUCAUUAAUCAGCAGUAUUGCCCCUACAACUUAUGCAGUGCACAGGGAUCGUCAAAGAUUCAAAUAAGCAAUAUUACGUUUAGUAACAUUUGGGGGACUUCUACGACGAAAGAUGCAGUGAAACUAGAAUGUAGCGAGAGCAAUCCAUGCCAUGACAUUGCACUAGAAAACAUCAACCUAAAAGGUCCUGGGGGAGUCUCCUCGUCUUCAUGCUCCAACGUCCAUGGUAGGUCCCGAGCCCCAGUAAAUCCGCCUUCUUGCAUACGCUAGCUACGAUGAUUCUACGUAUCUUUCAGUUUAAGAGUAGAUUGUAAGUAAAUCAGACAAAGAAUCUCCGAUUAAGGUUGCUAGUCGUUUUUGCAAUCUUAAUUCCAUGUGGUGAUGAGACACAAAGGAUGGAUGCAGUGCUGUGUUUCUUUUUGACUUAAACAGUACUUCCUGUUUCUUGUAGGUUUUGACUCAUGGAUUUUUAAGAGGGUUUUGUGCCGUAGACAUAGAGACUCAUAUUACUUCUGUUGUUACAUAAAA